CGCUAUUUCCGAUUGUUAAUUUGAUGGUGUGUCACAGUCAUCAACAAUCAUGAUUGUAACAACCGGUGCUAUUCUUUUAGACUAGAGAAUGGGCGCUGAGUCUAGUGUACUUGAAGAUUAUGACUUGGAUGAACCGUCUGCUUCAUCAAAAUCUACAUGGACAUUACGACAUGGGAGGUACAACGAUGAACUGGACGUUACUGUUCUGUCUGAGCAGAAGGAAAACGGACAGAAAUGGUGUCUACUGCAGAAAGAUAUCAAAUUCUUGAAGAGUCUAAGACACCCAUGUAUUGUAAAGUAUUUGAAUACGGCUAACAUGUCCGGAGAGCUGUACCUGGUCAUUGAGAGGUCUUCACCAUUACCCGAUUUGUUGGAAACACUUGACCCUUUAGAGAUAACGACAGGAAUUCACAGUGUUAUGGAAGGAUUGUCUUUUCUACAUGAACAAGCCAGAAUGUCUCAUAAUAAUGUAUGCCUGGAUUCUGUGUAUGUCACCUCAAAUGGAACUUGGAAAAUCAGUGAUUUGCAGCAUUGUUGUAAAUUUCUGGAAGUGACACCUGAUUUUUUGAAAAAUUCAAGGCCAUUUCGAAAUAAAGAGAGCAUAUCACCAGAAGAAAAGGCCGAGAGAUUAACCAUUACUAAUGAAAUGGGCCAUACAAGGGAUGUGUUUUCUUUUGGUGUCAUGGCAGAAACCCUUCUAGAAUAUAUUUCAGAAAUAGGUGAAAAGAGCAAGACAUUUGAAAUCCUUGUACAAGAUAAAUGUUUGAAUGCUGACCCCAAACAAAGACCCAAGUUCAGCACCUUGAUGAAAGAUCAGCUGUUUUGUAAUGAUUUGUUACUGAUAACUAAAUUCCUGCGAGAAUUAACACUCAAACCUCAGAAAGAAAAGGAAGAGUUUUUCAGCUCCUUGUAUCCAAGACUAACUGUGCUGGCAGAGGAAGUUGUGGCCAAGCAGCUUGUUCAGUUGUUGCUCAGUCGCUUUGUCUUACUGGAGGCAUCGGCUGCUAUGUCCAUUGUUCCUAACAUUCUUGUUCCAAAGAAAGGGACCAGUGAAAAGGUUGAAGUCCACUCCCAGAGGCUUUCUCCUUUGUUCUCAGUACCAUUGUAUAAGACGUAUGUGAUACCAGAACUAAUCAAAAUGUUCCACUGCCAUGACUAUCACAUCAGAAUGAUCUUGCUGACUUAUUUUCCACUCUACAUGGACCUGUUUGAGAAAAACGAUUUGGAAGAAGUCAUCUUUCCCCAGAUCUUGCUGGGGGUCAGGGAUUGUCACGAGGAUUUAGCCUCACAGAGUUUACAUUGUCUAGCAGACUUGGUGAAAGUUCUUGGCCGCGACACAGUGAUAGGGGGCAAAAGCAAGGCGUACUUCACACAGGGAUCUCCAAAGCAUCUGCCAAGAAAUGCCAUAGAAACAAGAAGUGGUGAAGCUUUGGACAAAGUGUUAUUGAAAGAUCUGGCAUCAUACAGCACUUUGACCACAAAGACAGAAAAUAGGUGUAAUUCAGUGGACGAAAAGAGACAAGAAAGACAGAACAAACUGAAAGAGCAGAGGAUGGCUAGGGAGCAGAAGAGACUUGAGCAGCAACAAAAGAGGAAGGAGAGAAGGGAGAAAGAGAAUGAGAUGCCAAAAAUGAACAUGGACUCGGAGGGAAGUCAAAGCCAGUCCAGCAGAAUUUUACCAAGUCCUCAGAUAAAUGGACAUGAAGAAAUCCAAAAAUCGGAGCACUCUUUGCCUGGAAAUGAAAUUUCAGAACGAAAGAUAUCCUAUGAUUUUGAAGACCAAGGUGUUGCAUCAUAUGAUGUAAAAGUGUCAAAAAGUUGGAAUGAUGACCGUCUGGAUCCUGAUGUAUAUGUAACCAGUGACCACAGCGGAGAUGAUUGGUCAGAUUGGGAUAACAGUAUGGAGGACUCACCAAAUGCUAAUUCAGCAACAGUCAAAUCUGUUGAGUUGAUCAAAAAACAGGAUGUGGGCUAUUCCAACCACUCAAUAGAGUCAUCCAAGAAAGAUGACGACCUUUACAGCAAAUCUAGUCCAAAAAAUAUACAAUCCAAAAGCAUGGAAAGUGAUGUAACAACUAAAAAAGCAGACACUCGUAAUUCUGUUUCAUCAAAAUCAUCCAAAAAUGCUUUGAAAUUACAAUCCACAAAGAAGAAAGAACCUCAGAAAGAGAAAAAGACAUUAGGAGCUGAAUUUGAAAUCAAGUCAAUAUCCACUCCACCUGUGAAAGUAUCUGUAGAAACUGACUACUUUGCAGACAUGGGUUUGACACCUGUAAUCACUAAAGGAACGACUUCAGAACAUUCCAUUCAAAAGGACGAAACCACUAACAAGUCUUCAUCAGCUGUAAAGGCUUCUAAUCUUUUGACUUUUACUGUGGAUGAAAAUAGUCAACUGGAUUCCUCUGGGUGGGGAGAAGACACUGGUGGAUGGGGGGAUGAUGACCUGAAUUGGGCAGAGGAAGACUAAUCAUUUCCCAAUUCUUUGAUAGACAACUCAUUUUAUACAUAAAUAUCCAAGACGUAUUUCUGUUCAAAAUUUUUGCAAUUCUUUUCUUAAAGUACCUAAUUAUACAUGUACAUGUUCUACUGUGUUCUAUCGUAUGUAUCGGUAUUUAAAAAUAGCUUUCCCUGUGCAGUGCUGAAAGCAUUUUUCAGUGUUUAUGUACUAUGUACAACUCCAUGGUUUUAAUCCUACCCCAUGGAAAAAUUAACAUUCAACCAAUUUGUCAAAAUAUGUCUUCUCUGUUGUUGCAUUUCAAUUCUAGCAUUAUAAUUAUUGUCGGAAUAUCUGUAUG